GUCAUAGAAGCUUCUCUGCAGAGUGUUCCUUCCCCCAUUGAGCAGCUCCUCCUCAUCUUCAUCAUCAUCAGUUUUCACCUGCUGCACAAUGUUAGGCCUGCUGGUUUUAGCUCUGGCUAGUUUUGCUCCUCUAGCUGCAGAGGCUAGAGCUUUCUUUGUUUUUGGUGACUCUUUGGUUGAUAAUGGCAAUAACAACUAUCUUGCAACCACCGCCAGAGCUGAUUCUCCUCCUUAUGGCAUUGAUUAUCCCACUCGUCGACCCACCGGCCGUUUCUCUAAUGGCCUCAACAUCCCCGAUCUCAUCAGUGAGGCAAUUGGCACAGAAUCUCCAUUGCCAUACUUAAGUCCAGAACUCGAAGGAGAAAGACUGCUUGCGGGUGCCAACUUUGCUUCUGCUGGAAUUGGUAUUCUCAACGACACAGGAAUUCAAUUUCUAAACAUCAUUAGAAUGUACAAGCAAUUGGAAUACUUCCAACAGUACCAGCAAAGGGUGAGUGGCCUUAUUGGAGCUGAGCAAACUCAGAGAUUAGUGAAUGGAGCACUUGUCCUUAUGACUGUAGGAGGCAAUGACUUCGUCAACAAUUACUAUUUGGUCCCCUUCUCUGCUAGGUCUCGUCAAUUCUCCCUCCCAGACUACGUCGUUUAUCUCAUCUCCGAGUACCGGAAACUUCUCAUGAGGGUAUAUGAGCUGGGUGCACGUAGAGUUUUGGUUACCGGCACCGGACCUAUGGGUUGUGUUCCGGCGGAAAUAGCAAUGAGGGGAAGAAACGGACAAUGCUCGGUGGAAUUGCAGAGAGCAGCUUCCUUGUACAACCCACAGCUUAUAGAAAUGAUAAAUGGACUCAAUAGUCAACUUGGAUCUGAUGUUUUUACAGCUGCAAAUGCCUAUGAUAUGAGCAUGGAUUUCAUUAACAACCCUCGAGCAUUUGGAUUUGUAACGUCAAAGAUUGCAUGCUGUGGGCAAGGACCAUAUAAUGGGAUUGGAUUAUGCACAGAAUUAUCCAAUUUGUGCCCUAAUAGAGAGAUCUAUGCCUUUUGGGAUCCAUUCCACCCAUCUGAGAGGGCCAAUAGAAUCAUUGUUCGUCAAAUUUUGACUGGCACCACCGAAUACAUGCACCCACUGAAUCUCAGCACCAUCAUGCUCUUGGAUUCUAAGACCUAAAUUCCCAAUUCUACCUUCUCUAUUUAUUUAUGUCAUGAACUAUCUCCUUCUUUAUCAUAGUCCAGUAUUAGCAUGCAUGCAUUUUCUUUUCUUUUACCUUUGCUGUUAAAAGAAAUGUCCUUGCCUUCUUUUCAUUGUUGCACCAACCUAUUCUGUUAAUGUUGCCGAAUCGUUCUCUUAUCUGAGAUUCA